AUGGUGCGUGGAAGAAGAAGCUCUGGCAUGAGUGUGAAAUCCGUUUUCUCAGCCGUCGUGGACCGCGUCAUCCGGGUGGACCACGCCGGGGAGUACGGGGCGAACCGCAUCUACGCGGGGCAGAUGGCCGUCCUGGGCAGAUCGAGCGCGGGGCCGGUGAUCCAGCAAAUGUGGAAUCAAGAAAAAGACCACCUGAAAAAGUUCAAUGAACUAAUGGUUGCGUACAGAGUUCGACCUACUGUUUUAUUGCCUUUCUGGAAUGUAGCAGGUUUUGUUUUAGGGGCUGGAACGGCUUUACUUGGAAAGAAAGGGGCGAUGGCUUGCACAGUGGCAGUGGAAGAGAGUAUAUCGGAUCACUACAACAGCCAGAUCAGAACGCUUAUGGAAGAAGAUCCAGAAAAGUACAAAGAACUAUUGCAGAUCAUAAAGCAAUUUCGGGACGAUGAACGGGAGCACCAUGACAUUGGGCUUGAGCACGGUGCAGAAGCGGCACCAGCGUAUUCAAUUUUGAAGACAGCUAUACAACUUGGAUGCAAAGCUGCAAUAUUUUUAUCAGAAAGAAUUUAG